AAAGAGAGAGGAUGCGAAGAGAACGCUUAAAACUGGCGGGUGUUUAGUGCAGGUGGCGGUAGAUGGCAGUGUGCGAGUCUCCAGUGACAACUCAUUCAGUUUCCGGCCUCCUCUCCGCACGGCCGCGCGCCCCUCACGCCCCCUUCAACCACCUCCACCACCAUGUUUUCCUGGAUCAACAGGGACGAAACUAAAAAGGGUUCAAACGAAGUGUACGACAAUGUGCUACAAGGCCUCAGGAAGGUGUACAAGACCAAACUCCUGCCCCUGGAGACCACCUACCAGUUCCAUGACUUCCACUCGCCAGCUUUGGAUGACCCAGACUUUGAUGCCAAGCCCAUGAUACUGCUAGUGGGCCAGUACUCCACGGGCAAGACGACAUUCAUCAAAUACAUCUUGGAGAGCGAUUUCCCGGGCAUGAGGAUAGGGCCAGAACCCACCACAGAUGCCUUCAUUACAGUCAUGCAUGGGGAGACAGACCGAGUCAUACCUGGAAACGCGUUGGUGGUUGACUCGAAAAAGCCCUUCAGACCUUUAUCCAAGUUCGGUAACGCCUUCCUCAACCGGUUCCAGUGCUCCCAGCUGAGUAACACGGUGCUGAAGGGCCUCACCAUCAUAGACACCCCGGGUAUCUUGUCCGGGGAGAAGCAGUGGGUGGGGCGUGGCUAUGAUUUCACAGGUGUCUUGGAGUGGUUCGCUGAAAGGGUCGACAGAAUAGUCCUCCUCUUUGAUGCUCACAAACUGGAUAUCAAUGACGAGUUCAGAAGGUCCAUAGAAGCUCUUAAAGCCCACGAUGAUAAGAUCCGUAUAGUGUUGAACAAAGCUGAUAUGGUGGACCAUCAGCAGCUCAUGAGGGUGUAUGGUGCCCUCAUGUGGUCCCUGGGCAAGGUUUUAGGGACCCCCGAGGUGGCCAGGGUCUACAUUGGCUCCUUCUGGAAUGAACCUCUCAGAUAUGAUGUCAACAGGAGACUGUUUGAGGCUGAGGAGCAGGACCUUUUCACUGACCUCCAGGCUCUGCCCCGCAAUGCCGCCCUCAGGAAGCUGAAUGACCUUAUCAAGCGGGCACGGCUGGCUAAGGUUCAUGCGUACAUCAUCUCAGAGCUGAAGAAGGAGAUGCCAUCCAUGUUUGGCAGAGAGAACAAGAAGAAGGAGCUCAUCAAGGACUUGGCUUCCAUCUAUGAGAAGAUCCAGAGAGAACACCAGAUAUCACCUGGAGACUUCCCAGAGCUCAAGAGAAUGCAGGACCAACUCCAGCACCAUGACUUCACCAAAUUCAAUGUGAUGAAGCCCAGACUACUGGAGGCGGUGGACAGAAUGUUGGCUGAGGACAUUGCGCGCCUCAUGGCCAUGAUUCCUGUGGAGGAGGCAGCGGUCAACAAGGAAGGAGGCAUUGUACAUGGAGGAGCCUUUGAUGGAGUGAUGAACGACAACACAGUGUUUGGCUUUGGGCGAGGGGAGGGAGCUGAUGCAGGUGCUGGUGACCCUGACUGGAUAGUGGCCAAGGACCGCUUCAAGUACGAUCAGCUCUUUGACACCCUGAACCCUGUCGAUGGCAAAAUCACCGGAUCAUCCGCCAAGCAAGAGAUGUUGAAGUCCAAACUCCCGAACUCAGUGUUGGGAAAGGUGUGGAAGCUGGCUGAUGUGGACAAGGACGGCAUGCUUGAUGCAGACGAGUUUGCGUUGGCGAUGCACUUGAUAAACAUUAAGCUUGAUGGCAAUGAUCUCCCACCUGAGCUGCCCCUCCACCUGAUGCCUCCCAGCAAGAGAGGUUUUCAGGCCUAGAGGAGGUGGUGGGACUGGGACACUGUGGAAAUUUUGUAAGACUGUCUUCUAUUUCUGGUAUUGUUUGGAAUAUAUUGGGUUAAAAGCAAGGUUAUUAUCAUUAUUAACUACUACUAGUAACGUUAAGGUAAGUUUGUUAAAAUUGAACGAGCUGUCAUGUUUUAGCUUUUGUACAUUUUUUCAUGUCUAACUGUGUGUGUGUUUGUGUGUGUGUGUGUGUGCAUGUAUGUAUGAUUUUUUUUUUUUCAGUUUUCCUUUUUUAUUUAUUUAUUUAUUUUCUUCAUCAUAAGAGGAUUAUUAUUAUUUUUUUUUUGCAACAUAUGUUUUCAAAAGAAAAAGUAGGGGAUGGGUUUUGUAUUUUGGAAGAUAGAUUUUGAUUGAAACACUUAUGAUGAUGGUGGUGGUGAUGGUGGUGGUGGGACAGUAGAUGGUGUGAAAUAAUAGAUGUGUGUGUGUGUGUGUGUGUGUGUGUGUGUGUGUGUGUGUGUGUGUGUGUGUGUCCAGGCAGGGUGGGGAGGGAGGGGUGUGCCUGUGUGAGGGGAGAGGCUGGAUGGACUUGCAAAAGGGUAAAGGAGGAUGAAGACUUUUCUCACCCACUGAGAAAAAAAUACAGAAUUACUGGUUUGUCUGUUUACAAUAAUUCCAAAAAUCUGACAACCAAAAUGUAGGACAUUAGAAGAAAUCUGUUUGAGGUUAAUUUUAGGACAAAAUUCUCAGCAUCAAAUCCGAGAUAUUAGAAGUGAACGGUGAAGACAUUGGUACAAGUACCAGAAUUCUGAUAAUGAAAUGUAAGAAAUUAGAAAAAAACUGAUAAUGUUAGAAUUCUGACAGCCUAAUCUAAGACAUAUCAAAAACAUAAGUUAUGACUGAAAUGCAAGUCUGUGAUAGUCAUGUCUUAACUGAACUGACUGCCAACCUUCACUUGCCACCCUCCCUUCCUCCCUCCUUCCCCUGAGUUGUCCCACUCACCCAGAUGUUCUGCAUCUUGUAUGGAAGUGGAUUUUGUAAGGCUGUACUCCUUAUUGUUUUGUAUGAAGAUUUUUAUUACAGAUUUUUGUAGCAUAUAGUUAUAUUAUGAAACACUACUGAAGCUAGUUGAAUCAGUUUUUGCAUUUUUCAGUCAUUCAAAGCUAAGACCAUGUUCAAAUUCUGCUGUGAAAACAUUUUUCUCUUUCAGCAACAUUGAAGGCUUAGCUGACCUGUAUCACUUGUCACUUAACAGUUAUUGUGUCACAGUUAUCAAGACAUGUAUUGUGUAUUCUCAAGCAUUUUGUUCUCUUAUCUUGACUACUUCUAACAGGCCAUAGUGUAAGUUAUUGGGUUUUAAGUAGUGCUUUCUCCAUCAUCAGUAGGAAAAAUAUCUUGAAAAUCCAACUAAUUAUCUCUGUGGCUUUUGAAAAUAGUCCUUAUGAGAGGCCAAGGGGUUUAAGAAUGCAAGCCUCAGUUACACACAGUCCUUACAAGUGUUUCAAAGCAUUGUAUGUGCAUGCCAAGUGGUUGCUCUCAAAAACAGUUGUGCUAAUCACUGCCAGGCCAGUGAAUGUAGCAGCACCAGAAAAAGUCUAUCAGAUUUUCUUUGCAUAUGUUACGGAGUGUGUGGCUGGGAUUCAGUACUAGAUUUGAACAUCUUGUCCUCCACUUGUAAAGCUGUUCCAAGUUUCUGAUCAUUCAUUUAAAAAGAAAUUGGGAGAGAUUAAUAAAAGGCCAUGAAAAGUAUAACAACCCUUCGACUGGUAAUAACAGUAUGACACUUAUUUCAUUUGAGUAACCAACUUCUUUUGAGCAAAAAAUGGGCACCAUAAGUCUUGAACCACGUCAUUUCUCCAUUUAUUCUCAGUUGUACUUUUCAAAACUAUACUUUAAGCUUAAACCUAAUCUUAUUUAUCAAACUUGAAGAACUGUAACAAUUAAAGGGUUAAGGUACUUGGCUGUUACUAAAAGCAAGUCAUCAUUUUACAGCAGUAUCUAUGAUUUCUACUUAAAAUGAAAGAACACUCUAGAAGAUACAAAGUGUGUGAUGCUGAUAUCCAGUGCUGUAUUCAAAACACUACCACUCAACUAUUUACAAAGAAGAUUGCAGUGUUGCUAUCUAGAUGCAUUACAUUUUAUUGAAUUUGGAGGUAUGUUUUCCAAGGUUUCUGUUUAUGUAGGUAACAGCAGAAUGUUUAAGGAAGAUAAAGCUUCAUUAAGAUUUACAUUCAGGUACUUUAAAAAAGGUCUCCAGUAACAACAAGUAAUAUCAAGGUGAGACUUCUUCCACUGAUUGCCUGGUUUUGAUUCAAUAAGCUUCAUUCAUCAUGUAACCUUAAGAUAUUUUGUAAAUGUUAUUUAUUGAUAUGUGAGUGUUUGUUGAAGGAUAAAUAAAGAUGAGCAAUGUUAUGAAAGUUUACAUGAUAUAUGAGUCUAGAAAGGAACCAAGUAUUGUAAGACAACAUCGACUGAGAUGCACUCACAGGCCUUUUGAACAUUACACUUGAGGGACUUGAUGCACUUGUUCACUAUAUGUACUUACAUGAAAGCUGUUGAAAGAGCAAAAUAUAUUCAUGCAGAGUAAGAGAAAAGAAAAUGAUUAAUAUUUAAUUUACUGAUUAAUUUUCACAAGGCUUCGCAUAUUUUCAUGCCAUAACUGAAAAGAUGAUGGAUAAACAAACUAGAUCUAAUACUUAUUGAUUCAUAAUUAAAUUAUUUUUUAUAUAUGUGUAUUUUUCAUGCAGUUACUGAGAGAAGAAAACAAUGGAUAUAGUAUUUAUUGAUUUUGAAUCAUAAGGCAUUUUAUAAAACUUUUUUCAUAUUUGUGUGCUGUAACUGGAAGAAAGAGAAGCAGUAGAGUUGUAUUUAUUGACUCAUAGGAAUUUUCAUCUGUCUUAAUUUAAUAUAUUCAUGGAGUAACUCAUAGAAAACAAACCAAACUGGUCUAUUUAUUUUUACACUAAGUAAAAGAAAAAAAAAACAAUGGAAUUACUAUUUAUUGAAUCUAAACUUUUCACUCAUCUGUUUUAUAUUGAGCCCAGUCCCCACGAGGCUAGAAACUUGUUCUACUGAUUGAAGCGAGUCAGAGAGAAAUUAUCAAGCAUGGAAGUGGAGGAGCAUCUAGUCGAGCGCCUGCUGCUCUCUGUCUGAACUCAAAUGUGUGCAGGUGUUACAACAGUGCAGUAUUUCAGGAGCUGUGUUUGCUGAGCUCCACACCACAUGAUGCUUUGUGUGUGUGUGUGUGUGUGUGUGUGUGUGUGUGUGUGUGUGUGUGUGUGUGUGUGUCUGUGCGUGUGUGUGUGUGUGUGUCUGUGCUCUGAAUAAUGUAUGGAUAUCACUACAGGUAUGAAAGUUACCUACUUCCAUGUUUAAGUUCUGAAGGAGUUGACCAAUGUUUGUCUUGUGUGCGUGUGUGUGUGCACAUCAGUUGUACAGUGUGUGUGUGAAUAUUGUAUGGCUAACAAGACUCAACUUUGGAUAUGUGACUGUGUUUAUAGCUUCUGAGAGAGUUCUUGCAUGUGUGUGUGUGUGUGUGUGUGUGUGUGUGUGGGAACUUAGCAAAGACUGCUCAGCAAAUAGUGCCUGUAGCCAGUAACUCUUAAAUAAGCUAAUGAUAUAAUGAUAAUAAUAAUGAUCACGCAAGUGCCGCAUCUUUUCCUGUGCAAGUUAUUUUCUAUCGAGUAGAUUUCAGAUCACGGUAAUUAAGCUUUGGAAGUACUACAUACGUGUCAUGAAUGUCUCAUAUUGGGAGGAUUUAUACUUUGAUUUUCUGCAAGAGCUUUGAGAGGGUGCUACUUGUAUCAUACACUUGAGCUUCUUGAUUUAAACUUGGAUGCUGUUUUUUUUUUUUCCACAGCUGAUGUAUGGGGGAGGAGGAGAAAGUUUCAUUCCAUCAUAUCUCUUGUAGUUUCUUUCCUCAAUCCUAUGCUGAGCAGUAGAGACAGACAUGAAUAUCUCUUGAUUAUUUGGUAUCACCACAGAUUUGGAUUGUUUUCUGUCUGUUGGUGACAUUCAAGGUAUAAUUUAAUGUGAGAGGCAAAUACUACAUUGAAAAAUUCACUAAGACAUACAAAAAUGCUUUGCAAGUCAGUAUCUAUUGUAGAAUAUUCUGAGGACAAGUCUUUCAUCAAGUAUUUCUUUUUUCUUUUUUUUUUUUUUUUUUUUUUAAGCGUUCAUUUAACAAAAGGUAUACUACAGCCAGUAUUUAGUUGAUACUGCAGCCUGCAUGAUAUAGUGAGGUGAGGAGAAGGAGGAGGAGGUGGUGUGCUGCUGGGAAAGAUGCAUAGGAAGUGUUGUUUUGUUUAUCUUCCUGGCAGAGGCUCAGAACAGACUGCAGGGAUUGGCUAUGAUGACGCUCGUCAGUGGCAGGUGUUCCUCAUUAUUCAGGCUCAUGCAGGCCUCAAGACAGGUAGUGUGCUCACCAUUAUUUUCAUUACAGUUGUAUAUUAAUUGUAAAUAUGGAUAUUACAUAUCUUCAGUUUGACAGAGGAAAAAGUAUAAUUGGCAUUAUCAGUCAACAGUGUUGCCAAGGUAUUUAGAGAACCAAAGAUUUGAUUUCUGUGUCUAUUCAAGUAAUACAUUUCAGAUAUUUUAUUGAAUCUAUGUUAGCUAUCUAAAUGGACAAAAGUGUAUAGCUUAUAAGUAUAUUCCUUUAUAAAUAAAUUAUCGAAGAUU